AUGAACAUACGUGAACUCGAGACGGUAAUUGAGCAAUGCCAGAGCCGAUUGGCCCAGCUCAGGGUGGAGAAUACGCAAGGCGACGAAGACAGCGACGACGGAGAGGAUAUCGACAAGGCGGAUGCUGAUGCUCAAACGCCGCCGAUUGAAGCCGCUGAAAGAGGCCACGAGGCCGUGGUCAAGUGUGUGGUCAAAGCAUUGCUUGAAGCUGGCGCAGACGUGAACGAGGCGGGUGGUGAAGGCGCGACGCCGCUCCACUAG